AUGCAGUGCUCUCUCUCUCUCACACACACACAUACACUCACUUAACACACACACGGUGUCGCAUCACGCCAUCGGAAUCUCCUCCAACUGCGCAGACUCAGAAGCAUGUCAGCGUCACAUCAGGGUUUUCCGCCGCUCUGCGUGGAUUUGGUUCACUUAUUUAUUUAAAUACACGUUAUAUAAUACACACCGACAUCACACACACAGUCACACACUCACUCCCCCUCUCUUCUCUCUCACACACACACACUCCCUCUGACCGUCCUCAGCUUUCCAGCGCAGCCGCUCAGGACUCCUACUGAGACCUGAAGAACGGCUCAGACCCCCACUCCUCCCGUCAUAUCUAACAUGGCAGACCCCACGUCACCCUCUGGGACACCGCUGUGCUCUCCCAACGCCUCCCUCACCCUCCCCUUCCCCUUCCUGAGGGAGGGGAGUCGGGUAUGGGAGGAGGGAAAGGAGCAGCCACUGCCGAGGGAGUUGCCGAGUCCUCUGCCGACCAAACGCAACCGAACCUACUCAGCCACGGUGCGAGCUCAAUCCAGCCCGCUCUUUAAAGGUGUCUGUAAGAACUUCUGCAGGUCGCAGGGUCACGGUUUCAUCAGACCGUCACACGGAGGAGAUGACAUCUUUGUUCACAUCUCAGACAUCGAGGGCGAGUACGUCCCGGUGGAGGGUGAUGAGGUCACGUAUAAAGUCAGCCGAGUCCCUCCGAAGAACCUGAAGGUUCAGGCGGUGGAGGUGAAGAUCACACAUCUGAACCCAGGAAGCAAACAUGAGACGUGGUCGGGUCAGAUCAUCAGCUCGUAGGGGUCAGGGUCUGCCGGGGGGGGGGGGGGACAGGAGGAGGAAGAACAGGUUUCACUGAGGACAGGAAGAGGAGCUGAGUUUACAGAUUCAAAGCAAAUAUGGACUUUAAAAAGACAAACUUUUGACUGAACGAGCUGAGCUGUGUUAAUGUUUCAUGAUUUUGUGUGUGUGUGUGUCCGUGUGUCUCUGUGUGUGUGUGUGUGUGUGUGUGUGUGUCUGCAGGUUUUUUUUCUUGUACAACAGUCAGAAGAAGAACUGUGAACUUCCUGCAGACGUCAGUUUUUUUGUCCUGUUUUUAAAGGAGCUGUGAAGAAAUCUGUGUGUGUGUUUAAUGAACAUGAUGUCAGCGUCCGUAAUGACCACAUGUGUGUCAUUGAACACACAUGUGGUCAGUGUUGUGAGCUGUUAAAGUUUUUGGUCACACAGAUGUUUGUUUGUCUUGUCGUGUUCUGUGUUUUAUUGGAUCUGUAUGUGGCUGAGCCUGUAAUCAUUAAAAUAUCUUUGAUCAGUC